AUAGAACAUAGAACAUAGGUUAUUUAAAAUGGAUUUCAAUUAUUCACGAUUUUUAUUAUUCAUAUUUAUUUUUCAUCAUGCUUUCUCCACACAACAAUCAUGUUAUCAAGACUGGACAAGAUCUGGACAAAUGUGUCUACUGGUGAAGAAUGGUUAUCAAGUCACAUGGAGUGAAGCCAAUAAAGAUUGUACAGGUCGAGAUGCCACGCUCCUUAGAUUUGAAAAUGGCGAUGAUGUGAAUAGUUUUGUACAACUGGUGUCUAAAUAUGGAGUUGAUGGUUGGUGGACAGAUCUAAAUGAGAUUGGUCAUCCUGGAAUUUGGACGUGGGGUGACAACGAGGAGGUUUUCAAUGAUGCUUUAACAUGGAAUGUCGAGCCAGACGACAACCGACACGUAGAGAACUGUGUUUCUCUGUCCUACGAAGGCAAGAUGAGCGAUGAAAUGUGUUGGAAAAAAUUAGGUUUUAUUUGUGAAUAUCCAUUACCUGCAGAUGGCAACUGUGGACAAGAUUGGGUAUCCUCCACAGACUCUUGUUAUUAUAUCAGCUUUACUGAGGAUCCCCUCAACCUUCUAACGUGGAUGGAUGCUCUCGCCAAAUGUAUGUCAAUGAAUAGUUUAGGACAGGCAGCCACUCUCCUUAGCAUCAACUCACAAGCUGAAUACACUACGAUCAAUCAGUAUUUAUCAUCGUCUAAAGUCCAAGACAUCAACUGGUGGAUCGGACUCAAUGAUCAGACAACAGAGGGACAGUAUGUCUGGACAGACGGACCAGCUGAUACAACUUUCUUAAAAUGGGAUAAAGCCCCCAGUAAGCUGUCUCUAGUAGAUAAAUGUGGGGUUGUCCACGGUAACGGUCAUAUAUCGUAUGGUAAAUGUAAUAAAGACAAGAAUUAUUAUAUCUGCAAAUCGAAAGUAACUGAUAGUGAAUUUUCGACGUAUGAAGAGCUAGGAUGUGUCGGCGGCUGGACGAGAGCAGGUCAUAAAUGUUAUUUAUUUGAUGCUCAUGAAAAAAUGACACAAUCGAACGCCAGACAACAUUGUCAACAAAAUGGCGGCGAUCUAAUCAAAAUACAGAGUUCAGAUGAAAAGAAUUGGGUCACUCAGCAGACGUUUAACAGAAAGGUGACUGGUUUUUGGACAGGAUUAUCCAGAAAAUUAAAGGGAGCAAACUCUUGGACAUGGGCAGAUAAAUCUGAUGUAGAUAUAAAAUUAAUAAAUUGGAACCAGGAGCCUAAUGAUUAUAUUGGUAAAGAAGAUUGUGCUACUAUCAGCCAGGAUGGUGUUUAUAAUGAUUAUUCCUGUUCUAAUAAUGCUGGGUAUAUCUGUCAGAUCCAGUCCGUCAACUUACCGUGUCCUAAAGGCUGGACAAUGCCUGAUGCUGAAAGCAGUAUGUGUUAUUAUAUUAGUAGUACAGAUGAUAACGUGACUACCACGUGGUACGAUGCUAAAGACAAGUGUAUCCAGAUGGCCAAUGGUGGAGACGCGACUCUCUUUGCUCCUCUCAGUAGUGCCGAUUAUAUGUUUGUGAGUCAACAGUUGAUGUCUCUACCCCCGGAUACCACUGGCUGGUGGACAGAUUUAACUGAUGCUCAAGUUGAAGGGGUGUGGCAAUAUUCUAAUUCAUUUAAUGGCGUUCCUGAUAAGUCUCUUAUUGUCUGGAAAGGGGAACCUAAUGAUUUUGGUGGAAAUGAGGACUGUGCUGUGAUGUAUUAUGGAGGUAGAUACAAUGAUGUAUCGUGUUCAGCUAAAGCCAAUAUUGUCUGUGAAAAACCUGCAACGUCAUUUCCUUCUUCUGGUGGAGAGACUGUAGAAAGAAGAAUAAAUGGAAUGGUUUUAUUGAUAUCAUCGCUGAUCGUUUUCAACAUUUGAAUAUUUUGUGUAGACCUAAUAAAUGUGUACAUUAU